AUGAGCAAAUAAGAAAAAAAUAGUAAAAAUGAUGAGUGUGUUAAGGUCGUCGUUAGAUGUAGACCUUUGAACUCAAAGGAAAAAGAAGAUGGAAGAACAUAAGUAGUAUUUGUAAAUUAAUCAAGAGGUGAAAUUUCAGUCACAAACCCAAAAGGUGAUUCAGCUGAAGCACCUAAAGUAUUUACUUUUGAUUCCACAUUUGAACCUGAAGUUGAAUAAGAAACUGUUUACAAAAAUACUGCAUAUCCAAUUGUUGAAAGUGUUCUUGAGGGUUAUAAUGGAACUAUUUUUGCAUAUGGUCAAACUGGUACAGGUAAAACCCAUACUAUGGAAGGUAAAGAUGAACCUAAACAUUUAAGAGGUAUCAUUCCUAGAACUUUCGACCAUAUUUUCCGUUCAAUUAAGGGAACUCCAAACGUACAGUUUUUAGUUAGAGUUAGUUUUCUUGAAUUGUACAAUGAAGAAAUUAGAGAUCUACUUUAGAAGAAUAUCAAAAAGUUAGAAUUGAGAGAAAAACCAGGCAGUGGUGUUUAUGUAAAAGAUUUGUCUACUUUUAUGAUUUAAGAUUAAGAAGAAUUGAGAGAAAAAUUAUUACAUGGUCGUGAAAAUCGUGCUGUAGGAGCUACUUAAAUGAAUCAAGAUUCUUCACGUUCUCACUCUAUUUUUGCAAUUACUAUUGAAAGAUGCGAUAUUGUUAAUGGUGAAAGCCACAUUAGAGUCGGUAAGUUAAAUCUUGUCGAUCUUGCUGGUUCUGAACGUUAGAGUAAAACUCAAGCUACUGGUUCUAGACUAAAAGAAGCCAUUAAUAUUAACUAAAGUUUAACAACUCUAGGUAACGUUAUCUCCUCUCUUAUCGAUCCUAAAGCUACCCACGUUCCUUAUAGAGAUUCUAAAUUAACAAGACUUCUUUAAGAUUCACUUGGUGGUAACACUAAAACUGUUAUGGUUGCUAACGUUGGUCCUGCCGACUUUAACUAUGAUGAAACUAUUUCAACUUUGAGAUAUGCCCACAGAGCUAAAUCCAUUUAGAAUCAUGCUAAAAUUAAUGAAGAUCCUAAAGAUGCUAUGAUUAGAUAGUUUUAAGAAGAAAUUGCUAAGUUGAAAUAACAAUUAGCCAGUUCAGUUGAUAAAGAUGGAAAUAUUGUCAUGAUGGAAGCAGAAGUCAUCUAGGUUGAAAAAGUCAUUACUAUUAAUGAUGAUGAAAAGGUCAAGCUUUUAUAGCAAAAGUUAGAGCAAGAAAAGUCUGAAGUUGAGAAGAAGUAUUAGAAUGAAGUAAAGAAGAUUGAAGAAGAUAAAAAACUUUAAGAAAAAGAAAAGCAACAACUUCUCUAACAACUUAUGGAUAAAGAAGAAAGAGAAUAGAAGUAGAGAGAACAACAAGAAAAAUUGCUUAAAAAAUUAUAAAAAAUGUAAGAAAAAGUUAUUUAAGGAGAUGAAAUUAUGUAAAAGGCUCUUGAAAAAGAAAGAGAAUUAAAUAAAGCCCAGCAAGAAUUGCAACAAAGAAAGGAAAGAGACCGUUAAAUAGCUGAAUAAAUUAAAAGAAAUGAAGAUUUGGCUUUAGAAAUUAAUUAAAAAUAUAGAAGUUAAGCAGAAGAAGCUUAGGAUAAAACAAAAAGAAUAAAAGCAUUGGUUGGUAGACUUAAAUAAAUUGAAAGUGAAAACAGAGAACUCGAUGAUUUCUAUGGUUCUGAAAUAGAAUAACUCUAAGAAAGACGUAGAGAUUUGUAAAAAGAACUCAAGUUAAAGAAUUUAAUACUUGAAUAUUUCAUUCCUGAAAAAGAGUUAGAAAGAUUAUAAUUAAGAGCAAUGUAUAAUGAAGAGCUAGAUGAAUGGAUGUAUCCUUACUUACACCUGGCUGGAAAUUUAGUUAGAAAUUCAGAAGAAAGAAAAUAAUAAGAAUAAGAGAUUAAAUUUUAAGAAGAUGUUGAAGAAAUUCUUAAACUAGAAGAAGAAGGUCAUCCAAAUGUAUUCUUUGUAUACACUGAAGAAGGACCAGUUCGUGAAGAUGACAUAGACCCAGAGCAAAGAAAAAAGAAAGCAGUUGCACAAGCUAGAAAAUAAAGUGCCAAAAAACGUCCAACUUCAAAGCCAGGGUAAUCAGCUACAUCAAAAAGACCAUAAAGCGGUGUUAAAAAUUCAAAUAACAGCUCUUCUGUUACAGCUGACUCUGAUAAUUACCCCAAAGCAAAAGGAUUAUAACCUAAAAAGUGA